GGUGGCUGGUGUACAGUCCACAGCCCAGCCUUGGCCGUUGCAGCGCCCGAGUCCGUACGGAAAGACCCCCCCGCGGCCGCCCGGUCUCGGCGCGAAGCUGACGCCAGGGUUCUGCCGGCAUCAAGCCUUCCGCGGCUGCGCAGCGACAGGGAGAAGUUAAGAGAUGGAGGACGUGGUGAUUGCAGGCAUAGCAGGAAAAUUGCCAGAAUCGGAGAACUUGCAAGAGUUCUGGGAGAACCUAAUAAAUGGAGUUGAUAUGGUCACAGAGGAUGAUCGGAGGUGGAAACCAGGAAUUUAUGGACUGCCCAAGAGAAAUGGAAAGCUCAAAGACAUAAGUAAAUUUGAUGCCUCUUUUUUUGGAGUUCACCCCAAACAAGCUAAUACAAUGGAUCCUCAACUUCGCUUGCUGUUAGAAGUUUCUUAUGAAGCUAUUGUGGAUGGAGGUAUUAAUCCAGGCACCCUUCGUGGCACAGACACAGGUGUAUGGGUUGGAGCAAGUGGGUCAGAAGCUGCUGAAGCCCUUAGCCAAGAUCCUGAAGAGCUUUUGGGAUAUAGCAUGACCGGCUGCCAGCGUGCUAUGUUUGCCAACAGGAUUUCCUACUUUUAUGAUUUAACAGGACCAAGCAUAACUAUUGACACAGCCUGCUCCUCUAGUCUCAUCGCACUGGAAAAUGCUUACAAGGCAAUUCGUCACGGACAAUGUAGUGCAGCCCUGGUAGGAGGGGUCAACCUUCUGCUAAAACCCAACACUUCUGUGCAGUUCAUGAAACUUGGUAUGCUUAGUCCUGAUGGUGCCUGUAAGGCCUUUGAUGUUUCAGGAAACGGAUACUGUCGCUCUGAGGCUGCUGUUGUUGUUCUUUUGACCAAGAAAUCCAUGGCUAAACGAAUCUAUGCCACAAUAGUCAAUGCUGGGAGUAACACUGAUGGUUUUAAGGAGCAAGGUGUGACGUUCCCAUCUGGAGAGAUGCAGCAGCAGUUGGUCAGCUCUCUGUACAGAGAAUGUGGUAUCAAACCGGCAGAAGUGGAGUAUGUUGAAGCCCAUGGGACAGGCACCAAGGUUGGCGAUCCGCAGGAAGUAAAUGGCAUUGUAAAUGUCUUCUGCCAGUGUGAGAGAGAGACACUGUUGAUUGGCUCAACAAAGUCAAACAUGGGUCAUCCUGAACCUGCCUCUGGGCUUGCCGCAUUAGCGAAGGUCAUUCUCUCUCUGGAACAUGGACUGUGGGCUCCAAAUCUUCAUUUCAAUACCCCAAAUCCAGAUAUUCCUGCCUUACAAGAUGGCUCUUUGCAGGUGGUUUGUAAACCAACACCAGUGAAAGGUGGCCUUGUCAGUAUCAAUUCUUUUGGCUUUGGAGGUUCUAAUGCUCAUGUCAUUCUGAGGCCAAAUGAGAAGAAACGCCAGCCUCUGGAAACUUGCAACUUGCCGCGACUGGUCCAAAUCUGUGGCAGAACGCAGGAAGCUGUGGAAAUACUAAUUCAAGAGAGCAGAAAACAUGGAGGAUGCAGUCCAUUUAUAAGUUUGCUCAGUGAUAUCUCUACAAUUUCUGCAUCUUCCAUGCCCUACAGGGGCUACACGCUAGUUGGCAGUGAGAGUGAUGUAAAAGAGGUCCAGCAAGUUCAAGCAUCUGUUAGACCACUCUGGUACAUCUGCUCAGGCAUGGGAACGCAGUGGAAAGGUAUGGGUUUGAGCCUCAUGAAGCUGGAUCUGUUUCGACAGUCUAUAUUGCGUUCAGAUGAGGCUUUGAAGGACACAGGGCUGAAGGUCUCGGACAUGCUCCUGCAUGCAGAUGAGAACACUUUUGAUGACACUGUCCAUGCAUUUGUUGGACUAGCUGCUAUUCAAAUUGCCCAGAUUGACAUGCUGAAGGCUGCAGGUCUGCAACCUGAUGGAAUUUUGGGCCACUCAGUGGGAGAACUAGCUUGUGGCUAUGCAGAUAAUUCCUUAAGUCAUGAAGAAGCCAUUCUUGCCGCUUAUUGGCGAGGACGAUGUGUUAAAGAGGCCAAAUUACCCCCAGGAGGAAUGGCUGCUGUUGGUCUGACAUGGGAGGAAUGUAAGCAUCGCUGUCCUCCAAAUGUGGUACCUGCCUGUCACAAUUCUGAAGAUACUGUCACUGUUUCGGGGCCUCUGGACUCUGUGAAUCAGUUUGUAACCAAACUGAAAAAGGAUGGUGUGUUUGCAAAAGAGGUACGCAGUGCUGGGGUUGCAUUUCAUUCCUAUUACAUGGCAUCGAUUGCACCAGUGCUGCUCAGUGCCCUGAAAAAGGUCAUUCCACACCCUAAACCUCGUUCAGCACGGUGGAUCAGUACAUCUAUCCCUGAAUCUCAGUGGCAGAGUGAUUUGGCUAGAGAUUCCUCUGCAGAGUAUCAUGUGAACAACCUGGUGAACCCAGUGCUAUUCCAUGAAGGUCUGAAGCAUAUUCCAGAGAAUGCUGUUGUAGUGGAGAUUGCUCCACAUGCUCUCUUACAGGCUAUCUUGAGGAGAACUUUGAAACCAACUUGCACCAUUCUGCCUUUGAUGAAAAGAGACCACAAAAAUAACCUGGAGUUCUUCCUAACACAGACUGGAAAGAUUCAUUUGACUGGGAUAAAAGUUCUUGGAAAUAACUUGUUCCCACUUGUGGAAUAUCCUGUCCCAGUGGGAACCCCACUUAUUUCUCCAUAUAUAAAAUGGGACCACAGCCAGGACUGGGAUGUUCCAAAAGCUGAAGACUUUCCAGCAGGUUCCAAAGGCUCUGCAUCAGCUUCAGUCUACAAUAUUGAUGUAAAUCCUGAGUCCCCUGACCACUACUUGGUUGGUCAUUGCAUUGAUGGCAGAGUCCUGUACCCAGCAACUGGGUAUCUAGUGCUGGCUUGGCGAACUCUGGCACGGUCUCUUGGUGUGGGCAUGGAACAAAUGGCUGUUAUAUUUGAAGACGUCACAAUUCAUCAGGCAACUAUCCUUCCCAAAAAGGGAUCAACGCAGCUGGAGGUGAGACUCAUGCCUGCUUCCCACUGCUUUGAAGUGUCAGGGAAUGGAAAUCUGGCUGUGAGUGGGAAGAUUUCCCUCCUAGAAAACACUGCUCAGAAUAACUUUCAUAACCACCCAGCUGACCUUCAGACUGAAGUAGGGAUGAGCUCUAAGUCUGGCCUCUCCAAAGAAGACAUUUACCAAGAGCUGCAUUUGCGUGGAUAUAAUUAUGGACCAACUUUCCAGGGCCUUCUGGAAUGUAAUAAUGAAGCAAACACAGGGAAGGUUCUGUGGAAUGGAAACUGGGUGACCUUCCUAGACACUCUGCUGCACAUGAUAAUUUUAGCUGAGACUGGGCGCAGUUUGCGCUUACCUACCAGAAUUCGAUCAGUGUGCAUUGACCCGGUACUGCAUCAAGAGCACGUGUGCCAAUACCAAGAUGAUAUAAAAGCUUUUGAUGUCAUUUUUGACCGCUACCUUGAUAGCCUCAAAGCAGGAGGUGUUCAGAUCAGUGGUCUCCAUGCUUCUGUGGCGCCACGACGACAACAGGAACGAGUCCCUCCCACCCUGGAAAAAUUCUGCUUUUUGCCCUAUUCUGAGAGCAACUGUUUGUCUUCUAGCUCUCAGCUUCAAGCCCAUCUGGAGCACUGCAAAGAUCUGAUCCGGAACUUACAGGCAAAGGUGGCAGUGCAUGGGAUCAAAUUAGCCAUUCCUGGACUAGAAACUGUAGGGGCUGCUGCAGAGUCCUCACCCAUACAGAAGGGCCUUCAGCAUAUCCUUGCUGAAAUCUGCCAUCUAGAACUGAAUGGAAACCUCCAUUCUGAGCUGGAACAGAUCGUGAUUCAAGAGAAAAUGCACCUCCAGGAUGACCCUCUUCUCAAUGGCUUGCUGGAUUCCUCAAAGCUGAGGGCUUGCUUGGAUGUGGUACUGGAGAACAUGACCAGUCACAGGAUGAAGAUAGUGGAGGCUCUUGCAGGAAGCGGAUAUCUCUUCUCUCGUGUUACAAGUAUUCUGAAUACUCAGCCCCUGUUGCAGGUGGACUACAUUGCCACUGACCGUAACGUAGAAACUAUUUCAGAUAAUGAAACACAGCUACAAGAUGCUGGAGUUUCCGUUAGCCAGUGGGAUCCAUCUAGUCCUCCCUCUGGAAAUCUGACCAAUGCUGACUUGUUGGUAUACAACUGUUCAACAAAUGUUCUGGGGAACACCACUGAAAUUCUGUCUAACUUAGCAGCUGCAGUGAAAGAAGGAGGAUUUGUUUUGCUACACACGCUCCUUAAAGGAGAAACUCUGGGAGAAAUUAUCAGUUUUCUUACAAGUCCAGACCUACAGCAGAGACGCAGCUUCCUGGCUCAGGCACAAUGGGAGGGCUUAUUCAACGAGGUCUCACUGAAUCUGGUUGCAGUGAAAAGAUCUUUCUUUGGCUCAGUUAUUUUCCUGUGUCGCCGGCAAGCCACUGUUAAAACACCUAUUUUUCUGCCAGUAGAUGACACCCAUUAUAAGUGGGUUGAAUCCUUGAAGGAGAUCUUGGCUGACUCCUCAGAGCAGCCUGUGUGGCUGACUGCCACCAGUUGUGGGAAUUCAGGAAUCCUAGGAAUGGUGAACUGCCUCCGCCUUGAAGCAGAAGGCCACCGAAUCAGGUGUGUGUUCAUUUCCAACUUGAAUCCUUCGUCACCUGUCCCACCCACUAGCCUUUCUUCCUUGGAGAUGCAAAAGAUUGUUCAGAGAGACCUGGUGAUGAAUGUGUAUCGUGAUGGAAAGUGGGGCUCCUUCAGGCAUCUCCCAUUGCAGCAAGCUCAACCUCAGGAACUGACAGAAUAUGCCUAUGUAAAUGUAUUAACUCGUGGAGAUCUCUCAUCCCUUCGUUGGAUUGUCUCCCCACUUCGUCACUUUCACACAACUAAUCCUAAUGUUCAGCUUUGCAAAGUCUAUUAUGCAUCUCUCAAUUUCCGGGACAUUAUGUUGGCCACAGGAAAACUUUCUCCAGAUGCCAUACCUGGUAACUGGGCUUUGCAGCAGUGCAUGCUGGGCAUGGAGUUCUCAGGACGGGACUUGGCUGGAAAAAGGGUGAUGGGAUUGCUGCCAGCAAAGGGACUGGCCACAGUGGUGGACUGUGACAAGAGGUUUCUAUGGGAGGUGCCCCCAAACUGGACUCUGGAAGAAGCAGCUUCCGUUCCUGUGGUUUAUGCUACUGCUUAUUAUGCUUUGGUGGUUCGAGGUGGUAUGAAGAAGGGUGAGAGUGUCCUCAUUCACUCUGGCUCAGGAGGUGUGGGCCAAGCAGCUAUUGCCAUUGCCCUGAGCAUGGGCUGCCAUGUCUUUGCUACUGUGGGCUCUGCUGAAAAACGUGAAUAUCUCCAAAGAAGAUUCCCACAGCUGGAUGCUAAUAGCUUUGCUAGCUCCCGAAAUACUACCUUUGAGCAACACAUACUGCGAGUUACCAGUGGAAAAGGUGUCAACCUUGUGCUAAAUUCCUUGGCAGAAGAGAAGCUCCAAGCCAGUUUGCGUUGUCUUGCUCGACAUGGGCGCUUUCUGGAAAUAGGCAAAUUUGAUCUGUCUAACAACAGUCAACUUGGAAUGGCUCUCUUCCUCAAGAAUGUAGCAUUUCAUGGGAUACUACUAGAUGCAAUCUUUGAGGAGGGAAACCAAGAGUGGGAGGUAGUAUCGGAGUUGUUGAAGAAAGGUAUAAAAGAUGGUGUGGUAAAACCCCUGAGGAGUACUGUCUUCAACAAAGAAGAGGUAGAAGCUGCCUUCAGGUUCAUGGCACAAGGAAAACACAUUGGUAAAGUUAUGAUCAAGGUCCAAGAAGAGGAGAAGGAAUAUCCUUUAAGAAAAUCUGAACCAGUCAAAUUUUCUGCCAUUUGCCGAACUUCCUGUCCACCUACCAAGUCUUACAUCAUUACAGGGGGCCUAGGAGGAUUUGGCCUUGAGUUGGCACAGUGGCUAAUUGAGAGAGGAGCACAGAAGCUUAUGCUGACAUCUCGUUCUGGCAUACGAACUGGUUAUCAGGCUAAGCGAGUUAGAGAAUGGAAAGAACUGGGAAUCCAAGUGUUGGUAUCCACCAGUGAUAUUGGAACACUUGAAGGAACACAGCUAUUGAUAGAAGAAGCUUUGCAGCUUGGACCAGUUGGGGGCAUCUUUAAUUUGGCUGUGGUCCUUAGAGAUGGCAUGAUUGAAAAUCAGACGCCAGAAUUCUUUUGGGAGGUCAACAAGCCCAAAUAUUCAGGCACCCUUCAUUUGGAUUGGGUGACUCGUAAGAAGUGUCCAGACCUGGACUAUUUUGUUGCAUUCUCCUCUAUAAGCUGUGGAAGAGGAAAUGCUGGGCAAAGCAAUUAUGGUUUUGCCAAUUCUACCAUGGAACGUAUCUGUGAGCAGCGACACCAUGAUGGACUUCCAGGGCUGGCAAUCCAAUGGGGAGCCAUUGGUGAUGUGGGUAUCCUUAUGAAGACACUGGGAAACAGAGAGGUUGUGGUUGCAGGAACCAUACCCCAGCAGAUCAGCUCAUGCCUGGAGGUGCUUGAUAUCUUUCUGAAUCAACCUCAUCCUGUCAUGUCCAGUUUUGUCCUAGCAGAGAAGAUCUCUGUGAAAAGCGAAGGAGGCAGCCAACGGGAUAUUGUGGAAGCUGUUGCUCACAUUCUGGGGGUCCGUGAUGUGAGUAGUCUGAAUGCUGAGAGCUCCUUGGCAGACUUGGGCUUGGAUUCCUUGAUGGGUGUGGAGGUGCGCCAGACACUGGAGAGGGACUAUGACAUCGUUAUGACCAUGAGAGAAAUUCGACUCCUUACAGUCAACAAACUACGCGAACUUUCCUCCAAGUCUGGGAUGGCAGAGGAGUUGAAACCAUCUCAGCUUAUGAAGACUGGCCCAGGUGAGCCUCCAAAACUAGAUCUGAACAACUUGUUGGUGAAUCCAGAAGAUCCAACGAUCACCCGUCUCAAUGAUGUUCAGAGCACAGAACGCCCUCUUUUCCUUGUUCACCCAAUUGAAGGAUCCAUCGCAGUCUUCUACACUCUUGCCUCCAGACUUCAUAUGCCAUGCUAUGGGCUCCAGUGCACAAAAGCUGCUCCUCUGGACAGCAUACAGAGCCUGGCAGCCUAUUAUAUUGAUUGUAUGAAGCAGAUACAGCCUGAAGGACCUUAUCGUAUUGCUGGAUAUUCUUUUGGUGCCUGUGUAGCCUUUGAAAUGUGUUCCCAGCUGCAAGCCCAACAGAAUGCCUCCCAUGCACUCAACAGUCUAUUCCUCUUUGAUGGGUCUCAUUCAUUUGUGGCAGCAUAUACUCAAAGUUACAGAGCCAAAUUGACCCAAGGAAAUGAGGCUGCACUGGAGACUGAAGCAUUAUGUGCCUUUGUUCAGCAGUUUACAGGCAUUGAAUACAAUAAGUUGUUGGAGAUUCUUCUGCCCCUGAAAGAUCUGGAGGCCCGUGUCAGCGCUGCUGCAGACCUGAUAACUCAGAUUCAUAAAAAUAUCAAUCGUGAGGCACUCAGCUUUGCUGCUACUUCCUUUUACCACAAACUGAAGGCUGCUGACAAGUAUAUACCAGAGUCCAAGUAUCAUGGGAACGUAACACUGAUGCGGGCAAAGACUCACAAUGAGUAUGAAGAAGGCUUAGGUGGAGACUACAGACUCUCAGAGGUAUGCGAUGGCAAAGUAUCUGUCCAUGUCAUUGAAGGGGAUCACCGCACCUUAUUGGAGGGAGAUGGUGUUGAAUCAAUUAUUGGGAUCAUCCACAGCUCACUGGCAGAGCCCCGAGUCAGUGUCAGAGAGGGUUAACUGCUUCUGCUCACUUACUGUCAGUGGCGAAGAAAAUGCCAACAACAUUCCUUGUUAUGACAGAUGCCAAGGAACUCUUCCUGUUUUUCAACAUCUCAUCUGCCCUGCUGCCAGAACUGGGAAGUCCAGCUGAACUUGAUCAGUCUCUCUCAGUUUCUUUUUCUUGCUCAUUUUUCCCUUUCCCAACUUUUCAUGGGUUCUCUCCCCUUCUUUCCUUCAUACUCUUUUUCUCCUAGUCUCUCUGUGUUCCGCUAGUGCUGUGACUAUGUCACUGUGCACUGCUACACUGGUUCCCCACUGAUGGUGGCUUCCUACACCUGUGGCAGUAUGAAAAACAAACUUAAGAGUAGAUUUCUUGUGCUCUAUAUUGUUUUGUUUUAACAGUAUUCCAAAGGGUAAGUGAUAGCACUUGUUGACCAAGCCCAGUGAGCAGGGAGGCGUGCUACAGCUGAUUUCGGAGAUACUUCUUGUCUGUGAAGAAUCCGUCUGUAGUUAGGUCAGAAAGAGAAUUUCAUUGAGGUUUUGUAACUAUAUAUUUUUUUUUUAAUUUGAAAUAUUCUAAGUAUUUAUUGUGUCAAACCAGAGACUUCUUGCUUAGUUUUAAUUUAUCGUGGGUUCUAGGAGAAAAAAAAACAACCCUUUUCAGAAGGGGAGGUUUAUACUCCAAGGAAAAGUUACCUAAUUGUUAAACCAAAGUGCAUCUUUGGAACAGUCUUUUCCCACUCUGUUCAGAAAGAAAAAGGUAGGAAGAGGCUUCUUACGAUUACCCCCUUUUUUUUGAGAGAGAGACAGACAGACAGAGGAAAAAGGGUGGGAUGGGUGGACAGAUUCCACUGUACCGAGCAGCCUUAAUUCGGCUAAUAAAAACACUGGCAAAGCUGUCCUUAAGCAUGUACUCAGUACAUAUUUGUGCAAGGUUCAGUGCUCUGCCAGACCAGAACCUUCAUAAAGCAUUAAAACUAUUGCUUUACCUUUGUUUCAGCCCACCUCUAGUCUGCAUUAGGAAUGGGAAGAACAUUCUGCGUGAUGCAGAACAUUAGAAAUGGGAAGAAUAGUCCUUCACUCAUAUAUAUACAUAUCCUCCUACCCUUGUUUUCCUAUAACAAAGCUCAGGCAAACAUGAGCAUCUACCCAAAGCCCCUGCAUAUUUUACUUAGCACAGGGCUGCCUUCAGCCUUGGGCAUUAAUUUUCCUCUCAGCAGUGAGACCAGAAAUCCCACAUAAGUUAGCUAAGUAAUCAGUUUAAUGGUAUAAUUUUAAGAUAUAGUACCUUUUUAAAGGAAACUUGCUUAAAAUUCAAUUAAAUUCUUGCCUUUGCUAUGCUGAACCUGUCCUUUUGGGAAUCAGUAAAUCCCUUGCUACACUUAUGAUACAGAGGAGACCUGGGUAGCAACAAAACAGAAGGAGUUGUUGUGCUUCUCAGAACUGUUUUAAAUCCCAGUUCUCUCCAUCUUCAUCAUCAUCAUCUCCCAGUGAAGUAUCCUGUCAGUACUGGAGCAGUUCAGUGUCAAGAAUGAGUGGUUCUUCACUGCAGGUUCUGACUUGAUGUCUUUUGCUUACACCACCCUCUGUGGAUAGUGGCUGGGUUAACUGGUUUUAGUUUUAUAAAGUAUUUCUUUGUGAAAUCUGAAAUACAAGCAUAAUGUCAGCUUAAAGCAUUUGCAAAAUAAGUCUUAGUGUUGUCCCCCCCCCUUUUUUUUUUAAUUUUUUAAAAAUACUUUCUGAUCUGAAGAGUGUCUUUUUCUCUUUGGUUUUCCUAGAAUUAAAUAGAACUGAUAACUGGUUGGCUUUUUGUCUUAUUCUCUUAUCACCCCUUUUAUUUCUGUGUUUCAUCCUGAGUCUAUCAUUUCUUGGUAUUAAGCCAAAACUUCUGCUGGAAUACCUGGUUUGGUGUCUGUAAUAGUAAUAAUAAAGAACACUUGUGACUAUUCUGGAGCAUGGCUUUUUGUUGCCAUGAUUUUAGUACCUUAGAUGCAGCCAAACCACAAACAUACAAAAUUGAAGCAGAAAUUCUCAAUUCUAAUUCUGGCACCUUUAUUAUGGUUUUGGACAAGUCAUUAAUGCCACUGCCUCAGUUUCCCUAUCUGUAAAAUGGGGCUAAUAACAUCUACCUCAAGAUUGUUGAGAAGGUUAGGUAGGCUAUAGGUAUAAAUGCUAUUAAGUUGUUAGGUAUGGUGAUAACGUCUUGUCUGGUGUUAAGGGAAAGAAGGAAACAACGUGAGGGGCAAGAGGCAGCUGCAAAGAACAUGAUACUGAAGAGUGGCUAUAUGAACUGGUCAUAUGUGCAUAAUAUAGGACUUCAUGGAUAGUAAACAGUAAAUAUAAUGACCAUUGUAGCAUUGGAUAUUAGAUAAAACUUGAAACAAACAUGCACUGGUAUUUUGUUUUUCCAACUACUGGCAGUUGUGGUGACCCUGAAAAAAGAGCAAAGGAAUCCUAUUUCCCUUGGUUGUACUAAAAAUCUACAAGGGAAGAAGAGUGAUUAAUUUUAACCAAGCUGGUAAGAUAGUUCUGCACUGAAGUAAAAUAUUUAACAAGAGUCUGACCCAGCAUCUCAGCUCUGAAAGAAAGUGGUGUAAUUUAGUGAGCAGUUCUGACUGGGCUAUGUGGAGGGAGUAAGGACUAAUGUUGUUGCGGCUAUCUACACAGGAGUUGAAUACAAAUUUCUGUACAAAAAUAAAAUGGCAUAGCCUCCUCUAGGCAAAGCUUGAAGACACUAUUUGAGUAAUAAAGUACAUUAAGAAUGACUUAGCAUCUAUGCUCCCAAUGUUCUUGCAGUUGUUAUUCGAAAACAUUUUUUUUUCCAUAAUUGUCUGAUUAUCACCUACUGCUGUGUAACUUGUUAUCUAACUGGCUGCUGAAUACAGUCUGCCAAAAAUAAACGCAUUAUUAGAGCUUGCA